AAAUAUCACACCAAUAGAAGGAUGAAGUCUGGGUAGUAAUAAGACUACUUCGUAAUCAAGAAUCACUAUCUAGAUGCGAAGGAAUGCUCUUUCGAAGCAUACACCCUUCGGGCCAACUUCAGCAGCGUGAUGUGCCGCCGUAAAAAGCGGGAUUAAUCUUUGCCAUGCGCAGAGCACGCUUCCAUAGGUCCCACGCUGGUUCUAGAAGCUUCGUGUUCAUGUCAGUUGUGUGUGAUCAAUGUGAGCUUCAGGGGCUUGACAAGAGAUCAUGCUGCGCCAGAGUGGUAUCACCGCCAUGCAUACCAAAUGCGGAAUGCAGAUCAGUGGUUCUUUCAACCACGUCGCAGGAGAUGGUUAGAGAGUUCAGGGCGUGCACGGACCGCAUCGGGUUCUUGGGUGGGUCAUACGAGCCGCUUAGCUGGGUCGCAAUUUUUGUACCCUUUACUUAGGAUAUUUUCGCAUGAUGCAGUCCAAACGAGGUGGAUCACGAACGAGGUCGGCUUUCACAAUGAAUCUUAGCGAUGUGCUUUCUCGAAUUGGAAAGUGGCUUUG